AUGGCGGACGAUGAGGUGAGUACUUACUUGAAACGUCGAGUAUGGUCCUUUCUUAGAGUUGUUUCUCGUGACAUUUCUUAUUCGAACAACACACAGCACUAUUCCAGAGCAGCACACUUGCACCGUGCUACAGAGGUGCAACCAAAAGACAGCCCGCACAGGGCUCAGGACACCUUGGCAAAGAAGGCGAAACAGGCCGAGAUCGAGCGCAAGCGCGCUGAGGUGCGCAAGCGUCUCGAGGAGGCCUCCAAGGCCAAGAAGGCCAAGAAGGGUUUCAUGACCCCCGAGAGGAAGAAGAAGCUCCGACUGCUGCUGAGAAAGAAAGCUGCUGAGGAACUGAAGAAGGAACAGGAACGCAAAGCAGCUGAGAGGAGACGCAUCAUUGAAGAGCGCUGCGGCAAGCCCAAGAACGUUGACGACGCCAAUGAAGAGACAGUUAAGCGUGUGCUCAGGGAAUAUCACAAUAGAAUCAACGCUCUGGAAGAUGAAAAAUAUGAUCUGGAGUAUACUGUUAAAAAGAAAGACUUUGAGGUAGAGAAAACAUGUGUAAUCAUUACAACUCCAUCUUCAGUGUCACACUUUCUAUUAAUUACAACUAUCUCCGACCUCAACAGCCAAGUCAAUGACCUUCGUGGCAAGUUCAUGAAACCCACUCUGAAGAAGGUAUCCAAAUAUGAGAACAAGUUUGCUAAGCUGCAGAAGAAGGCAGCUGAGUUCAACUUCCGCAACCAAUUGAAGGUUGUCAAGAAGAAGGAAUUUACCCUUGAGGAGGAAGACAAAGAACCCAAGAAAUCCGAGAAGGCAGAAUGGCAGACGAAGAAGUAGAUUUGAAAAUUACAAUCACACACAAUAAUACAUUUAUCUCAUAUUCAUUAAAGCUGAAUUUAAUAUUUAUCUGUAAUAUUUUUUUUUUUUGAAAUCAAAGAAAUUAGUUAAUUAUUGAGAGAAAGGGUGCAGUUCCAUAAUGUUACUCAUUGAAAAUAUUUAAAAUUAAUAAUUUGUUAAGAUCUAUUUCAAUAUAUAAAAUUAAGAAAUAAUACAAAAUAUAUUAUCAAACUAUGAUGUUUCUUUUUUACCUUACACUUAAUGCAGGAUUUCAGUUUAAUACUUGCAUUAUUUUACCACACAUCUCAUUUAAUUACAAAAAUACCACAUGACAAAUAAUAUUUAUUUUUAUGCAUCAUUUUCCACUCUGACAUUUUACAAUUUUUGUCUGUGUUGUUGAAGUAGAUAUAUUUUUUGUAUAUUUUGUGUUCACUGUUUUUGAAAAACCAAAAUGUGUUGUCCUGUGAAUAGCAGUACAAUUUUACAUGUAUACCUAAUCAUUUUUGUGUAGAUUCAGAUACAAAUCCAUAACUUGUUUAGUAGAUAGUUUGACCAAGAAUGUUCUAUCAAUAACACCUUCUGGUCCUGAUUUUUCAUUUUUUCUAUUUUUUUAUUUUGAAUGACAAUUUUUAGCUUUUUUUCAAACUUAUGAUUUGUGAUGCUUUUUGUAGUAGUUAAAAGUUAUUUUAAUAAUACCAAAAUAGAGCACAUCAUCCUGUGCAAUUUUUGAAUGUGUGAUUUGUGAUUGAUUGCUGUUCAAUUCACUCCAACCAUUUCAAAAACAUAUUUGAAACGGUUUGGUUGAAAAUUCAAUCUCCUAUUGUUUUCAACUUACAAUGGGAACAACGCAUAGUAUUUGUAACAGAGAAGAAACCAGACUGGUCCAAGAAAGGUGAUAAGGUAGAAGAGAAAGUUGAAGCAUGAAUUUCUUAAUCAUUACUUCACACACAUGAUUUUUAUUUUUGAUGUUAAAUACUCCAAAUUAUUCUAUACUUUUUAAGUCAUUUAGAAAUAACAAAUUAUGUAACAAUAACAUUUUUCUGCAACAAUAAUUUUUUACCAAAAGUUCCAGAUUUCACUGUGAGGAGUUCAUAUUUUCUCGAAAUUUUAUUUUUUUAUGACUUACAUUACAAAUCACAAAGCGAAACACAAUAUGCACGUUGUAUAUCAUUUGAUUUUUGUUUUACUUUGUUGAUUUUGAAUGUGCAUUUUUUAUGUUUGUUUUUAUUCAUGUAAAUUUUCAACAUUGCAUGAACAUUUACCACACAUGGUAAAAAAAAUAUUACUAUUCUUGUUCAUGCAAAUCACUUCCUCUACAUUUUUUAUGUGAACACCAGAUAGUGAAAUAACUCCAUGAAAACAGAAUGUAGAUCUAAAUCCAAAAAUAAGUGUAGAGUAUAUAGUUUGUCUUAAAUGUAUGUACUCCUUCACUGGCCAUAAGAACAAAAACUAUAAUGACAGUAAAAUGUGAUACCAAAGUGUACAAGACACUUCAUUAAAGUGUUUAUCUCUUCGUUAUCCUUAUGUGUUUCCUCCAAUUUGCUCCUUUCAAUUCCAACAUAAGUGUGAAAUGAAUAAAUGUCUUCUUGUUUGUAUGCUUAUAUCUACUCUGCUACCAAGCAAAUAGAUGACAGAUAAAUCUCAAAGACAGCUCUAGAGCUUAAAUCUGAGAAAUUUACAAGGUAAUUCCCACAUACCUUUUUUAUUUAUUUAUGUUGUGACACUGAGAAGGAAAAAUAACAUUAAAGAAUUUGUUUGUUUUGGCCAAAACAAUGGAAAAUUGAAAUUGCAAAGUGCAGUAUGAAAAUGUUUGUGGGUUCUUUUUCCAUGAAAAUAUUAUCAUUUUAUUCACUUUGUUAUCAAAACAUUCAGCAAGUUUUUGUAAUACAAUAGCUGAUUUUUCUCUCAUAAUGUACCAACAGUAUGACUGUAGAAAAAAUAUAUAAAUUUUCAAUUUGCUAAGCUAAAUACAAUGAAAUCAGGAAUUGCCUGAGUAAAUGUAUAUGUAAGCAUACAUAGGAAUGAAAAAAAACACAAUGUGCAUAAAGAAUUUAAUUAGUAGAAUUAUUUGUGUUCUGAGUGUGCACCAAAAGGUUCUUUAUUUCAAUCAAAACCAAAACAUUGCAUGGUUAUCACCUCAUACAUGUAAUAUUUCAAUGUUAUAUUUUUCAAAUUUCAAUUCAUAAUUAUUAAAAGAAAAAUCCACUUUUCUUUUAAUACUUCAUUUAUUUCAAAUAUUGAAAAAAUUAUAUUAUGUGGUAAUAUAUAACAGCCAAAUUUGUAGC